CACUCACUCAGUCAACCCCCUCUCACCAUUCUCCAUACGCCAUCUCUUUCCUUUGAUUGUGGCGGUAGUGGAAGUGGGAGAUAAGAAAAGUUGCAAUAACCUCAUUCCUUUUAGGAAAAGUGCAGAAAAUUAGUUUAUUAAUUAAUAAUUGGAAAAAUAAAUUAACUCUUUAAUCAAAUGGUCAAAAGUGGAAUGGGAGAUAGAGAUUGGCGACCAUUCGUAUAUGGAGGUCUGGCAAGCUGCGUAGCAGAGUUUGGUACUUUUCCAAUUGAUGUCACUAAAACACGAUUACAAAUCCAGGGCCAAAAGUUAGAUAAAAACCAUGCCCAAUUAAAGUAUAAGGGAAUGGUAGAUUGCUUUUUUAAAAUCUGCAAACAAGAGGGAUUUGCUUCACUUUACUCAGGUAUAUGGCCAGCAGUAUUACGUCAGGCAACUUAUGGAACCAUCAAGUUUGGUACCUACUACUCAUUGAAAAGUAUUAUUUUAGAGCACAAUAAGGGUGAGGAGAGUGUCAGUGUAAACAUAGUCUGUGCUGUGAUAGCUGGUGCUUUCUCUAGUGCCAUAGCGAACCCAACCGAUGUACUUAAAGUGCGGAUGCAAGUGCAGGGCACUGCGGGAGUUGGUCUUGUAGAUUGUUUUAAGGAUGUUUAUACUCACGAAGGAAUCUCUGGGCUAUGGAGGGGAGUUAGUCCUACUGCCCAAAGGGCAGCAGUCAUUGCUGCUGUAGAAUUGCCAGUAUAUGACUUUUGCAAGAGUCAUCUUAUGAAUGUUUUAGGAGAUACUACCUCAAAUCAUUUUCUUUCUAGUCUUUUUGCCAGUUUGGGAAGUGCUAUUGCUUCCACACCGGUUGACGUCGUUCGGACUCGUCUUAUGAAUCAAAGGAAGCUGAAAACAGCAGGAAUAGCCGUCCCGUAUCACCUCUACACAGGAACUUUAGACUGUUUUGUGCAAACCUUCAAAAACGAAGGCUUUUGGGCAUUUUACAAAGGCUUUAUUCCCACACUAUUCCGCAUGGGGCCUUGGAAUAUAAUUUUCUUCAUUACAUAUGAACAACUAAAACACCUUUAUUGAGAUUUCACACUUUUUUGGACUGUUGACAUUUUUCCCUGUUCUGAAAGUGUGUGAACCCAUAUACGUACGUAUUGACGACGAGUUGCAUUUUACCAUUUGAGCAUUGACUUAUACACUUUAGGCAUUUUUGAGCACACAUUUUUUUUCAAAUAGUAGAAUUUGAAAAUGUAUAUAAUUUUACAUCUGACUUGUACAUUGAAAUUUAAAAAUAAAUGUGGUUCUGUCCAAACAAUGAAA